GUUUCCCCUCGGUCUCCCUGCAUCUCUCCAUGUGUAGUUCCCUGGACCUCCCUGCAUCUUCGUUUCUGAGCUCCUCAGUAGUAAAGGCAUAAAUAACCAGUGGAUGGGAGUUAGAGUCACGAGCCAAGGUCCUGGUAAAAAUGUAAUGACUUGUGCGCAUCACUAUCAGGAUUGGGACAUAACCCCAGGUCUUUAUGUUCCUCACCUGCUGACGGGUCAGUGCUACCUCUUAGGAGAUGACCUGAAGGUGGGGGAAGAAGAAAGGAGCUGGCGGAGGGUCGUUUGUGAUAGAGAACACUUAACAAGACGUCAAAAGGACCACGACUGGUUUGCCUACUGCCAGCAGGGUCAUGGAGCAUCUUUUGCAAAGGAUAACAUAUCCCUUCUAUUUGGAGCACCAGGAGCUUAUCAGUGGAAAGGAAUAGUAAGAAUGGAGGUUUUGGACAAUCUGGACAUCUACAGUGUGGAUGCUCGCGAGACUGGAAAUAUUGACGAUUUUAACCCAAAACUCAUUCCUCUUAAGUCAAACAGCUACCUGGGAUUCUCCAUUGACUCUGGAAUGGCCCUCAUCAGGAAGGGCGAGCUGACAAUCGUAUCAGGAGCACCCAGAGGAGGUUACAGCGGACAGGUGGCAUUUCUGAAGGCAGACCCUAUGGCACAGAGAAAUCUGUCUGUGGAGCUGGUCCUCUCUGGACCAGGCCUGGCCUCCUCCUUUGGCUAUGAUUUGGCAGUGGUGGAUCUCAACAGUGAUGGGUGGGAUGACCUCGCUGUGGGAGCACCGCAGUUCUUUGUCAAAGAUGGCGAGGUUGGAGGAGCAGUCUAUAUCUAUAUCAAUAACAAAGGAAGAAACUGGGAGAAUAUUGUUCCAGUCAAACUUCUCGGACAUAAAGACUCCAUGUUUGGCCUCGCAGUAGAAAAUAUUGGAGACAUCAAUCAAGAUCAUUAUGGAGAUAUUGCAGUGGGAGCACCGUAUGAGGGCUCUGGACUUGUAUACCUUUACUAUGGCUCUCCAGAUGGUGUCAACAGAGAGCCUGGACAGAUAAUUUCAUCACAAUCAAAGAAAGUGAAACUGUUUGGAUAUUCUCUGACUGGUAACCUGGACGUGGAUGAUAAUCAGUAUCCUGACUUGGCUGUUGGAUCUCUCUCUGAUUCCAUUUUUGUUUACAGAGCAAGGCCAGUGGUCACCGUCAGCACCGCUCUUAAGAUUGCACCAAAUGAAAUAGACAUCGCAAAGAAACGAUGUGAUGAGCAAAUAUGUUUUUUUGCAGUCGAAGCAUGUUUUACCUACACAGCACAUCCUGAGUCGUUCAACCCUAAACUGAUGCUCAACUUUACUUCUGAUGCUGAUUAUGAGAUGAAAAAAUCAAGAGUCAGGGUCAACUUUAUGGAUUCAUCUCAAGGAAAGCUGGAGCUGUCUGGUCAAGGGAGACAGGCCUGUCACAAAACUACGCUCCGGCUUUUGAGAAAUAUCAAGGACAAGCUGCAGAAUAUUCCUAUCUCUGUCACUGUGUCUCUGAGCUCCAGUCAGACAACCAGUGCUAGUGCGGAUCAGCUCAGUUUUACUCCUGUCCUCAACCGCUACCAGCAGAAGACCACUUCCUCAGAGAUCGUUCUAAUAAAUAGAGGCUGUGGCAGUGACAAAAUUUGUCAAAGUAACCUGGACUUACAGUACAAGUUCUGUUCCAAAAAAACUCAAGCCGGUCAAGAUGUUUUCAAAUCACUGGCCAGUGAGGAUGGUGUUGCGGUCAUCACUCCAUCAGAUGAAGACAUAGCUUUGGAGAUCACUGUGACUAACAAAAACGGGGACGAUGCACACCAGAGUCGUUUGGCCAUUACACUCCCGGACAUAGUGCGCUACUCAUCCUACUCGACCACUGCAGAAAAACAAGUGAGUUGUACAGACAACAGGAUGCCAAUUGCCUGUGACCUGGGAAAUCCACUCCAAAGAGAUGCUGAAGUAACGUUUUAUGUCAUACUCACAACUUCUGGCCUCACGUUGAGCACAAAAUUGAUUAACAUCACUUUACAGCUGGAGACGACGAGUGAGCAGACCAUAAAGCCAAUACAGGCCUUUGCCAAAGUUGUUUUUGAGCUGCAGUUGCAAGUGAACGGGAUCGCUAGACCUUCUCAGGUGUCAAUUGGUGAUAUUGUAAAGGGCGAAAGUGCGAUAAAAUCUGUGGAUCAAAUAGGAAACUCAGUUCAGUAUGAAUUUAGGAUAACGAAUUUGGGCAGACCUCUGAAGCAUUUUGCAAAUGCAUCACUGAGCAUCUACUGGCCAAAGGAGAACUCUGUAGGAAAGUGGCUUCUCUACUUGACUCACAUCACCAAUGAUGGUGUGCAUUCUGUCCCCUGCUCACCUGUAGAUGAAGUCAGUCCACUUAAACAUGUAAAGGGCUGGCAUGACACAGCAAGAAAAAGACGUGAGGCUGAACAUAAAGCCCUCUCAACUGAUGGAUUCACAUUUCUUCCAACAAAAAGAAAAUAUAAAACACUGACCUGCUCAGAUGGAUUGAAUUGUGUGGAGAUACGCUGCCCUCUGCUGGGCCUGGACAGUACUGCACGGAUUGUUCUGCAUUCUCGCCUUUGGAAUGCCACUUUGGCAGAGGAUUACAGCUCUUUAAACUAUCUUCUCAUUGUUGUUGAUGCAACUCUGACUCUAACCAACGCUCCAGAGAACAUUGGACUUAAACCAGAAAAACUCAGGACAAAGGCAAAACUGACAGUGUUCCUUGAGAGAAAGACUGAAUUCCUGGUCAAAGUUGCGUGGUGGAUAAUCCUCCUGACAGUCAUGUCUUUGCUGCUGCUGUUGGCCUUUUUAGGCUUCCUACUGUGGAAGCGUGGGUGCAUCCACUGCAUUGAUCAUAAGAAGAAGUUCUCAGAUAAUGGAACUCCAAACAUAGAGACAGCGCCCCUUAAAGGCUAAAGGGCAAACCUUAAGGACACCUUGAAGGUUUAAGAACAACACUGAGGCUUCCAUGGCAAGCUGUUGUUUUAUAUUUUCUACUAUCAGCACAGAAUUAUCUGAUCAUUUUAUGAUGUGUUAGGAUUAAUUUUUUUAUUGUUUUGGUUUUUGUUUGUUUUGUCACCCAAUUUAUUUGCAUGUUUACACUUUUCCAGCAUUUUCCCCUUUUCAUUUCUGUCUCCCUCUUUUUCCUUUGUUGUUUAUUUCCCGACUUAACACUUUCUGUUGUAUGUGUGCAAGUGCACUUACCAACAUGGUGUGGAAAGUUGAUUAUGUCUCACCUCAAAUGCUCAGCAUCUUGGCUACAUAACAAAAAAAGGAGA